AUGAGAAUUUUCAUUAGUUUGCUCUCUGCUGCUGUAGGAUUAUAUCCUUCAAGUUCAAAUGUUGUUAGUCUGACUGCAUCUAAUUUUGACAGUUUAGUAGAUAGGGGUGAUGCUGUUUGGGUUGUUGAAUUUUUUGCACCUUGGUGCGGACAUUGUAAAGCACUAGUACCAGAAUACUGGAAAGCAGCAGCUGCUUUAAAAGGUGUUGUUAAAGUAGGUGCUGUUAAUUGCGAUGAGGAACCAGCUUUGAAAGGAAGGUUUGGUAUUCAAGGUUUUCCCACGAUUAAAAUAUUUGGUGCAGAUAAAAAAAACCCAACUGAUUAUAAUGGAGCCAGAACCACUCAGGCUAUUGUAGAAAGUGCUUUAGAAGCUGCUAAAAAAAAAGUAUACAGUAAUCUACCUGGCAAAAAGUCAGGUGGAUCUGGAAAAAGCUCAGAUUCCAAAGAUGUCGUACAAUUAACAGAUGACAAUUUUGCAUCGAAUGUUUUCAAUUCUAAAGAUUACUGGUUGGUUGAAUUUUACUCUCCAGGAUGUAUACACUGUCAAAGACUGGCACCAGAAUGGGCUGAAGCAGCUACACAACUCAAAGGAAAAGCAAAAUUGGGUGCUAUGGAUGCUACAUCUCAAUCAGUGAUUCCAUCUCAAUUUGACAUAACAGGUUUUCCUACGAUAUAUUGGUUUGAACCUGGAGCUAAAAGUAAAAAAGAUGCAAAACCAUAUGAAGGAGGAAGAUCUUCUUCAGAUAUUGUUAACUGGGUUGUUGACAACAUUCUCGAGAAUGCUCCUCCUCCAGAAGUUGUCGAGUUAUUGGAUGAAAAUGUUUUUAAAGAACAAUGUACAAAGAAUUCAUUGUGUAUUGUCGCAGUUCUUCCACACAUUCUCGAUUGUCAAUCGGAGUGUAGAAAUAACUACUUAAAAAUGUUAUCAAAGGUUGCUGAUAAAUUUAAAAGAAAAUUAUGGGGUUGGACUUGGGUCGAAGCUGGUGCCCAAAUGGAUUUGGAACAAACAUUAGGAAUGGGUAAUUUCGGUUAUCCUGCCAUGUCAGUUCUCAAUACCAAAAAACAAAUUUCAUCAUUAUUUAAGGGUUCAUUUUCUGAAGAAGGAAUCAAUGAAUUUUUAAGGGAUUUAAGUUAUGGUCGAGGUCAAACUUCAGUUUUACAAAAUGCAAAACUUCCAAAAAUAUCUAAAAUUGAACCAUGGAAUGGAGAAGAUCAAGCUCUUCCAGAAGAAGAAGAAGAUAUAGAUUUAUCAGAUAUAGUUUUAGAUGAUCUUAAGGAAGAGCUUUAA